AUGGAGGAGUUAGAGGAGCUACGUAAUGAGGCGUAUGAGAAUGCAAGGAUUUAUAAGGACAAAGUGAAGCGACUCCAUGACAGCCGUAUCUGCCAUAAGAAGCUUUGCCCUGGGAUGAAGGUACUUUUGUUCAAUUCUCGAUUGAAGUUGUUCCCGGGUAAGCUGAAAUCUCGAUGGAGUGGUCCGUUUUUACUUACGGAGGUGUUUGAGCAUGGUGCUGUUGAGCUAUUCAAUGAAAACACGAAGGAGAGUUUCAGAGUGAAUGGCCAUCGAGUGAAACCGUACUAUGAGCACCAGAGCUCGACGAUGGUGGUGGAGUCUCACACUCUGCACGAUCCUCUCUACUGA